AUGACAUCAAAUAUUGCUGAGUCUUUUAAUGCAACAAUCAAAUCAGCAAGGGAAUUACCAGUUGCAACACUUCUGGAAUAUUUGAGGGUAUUAGUUCAAGAGUGGAGCUACAAAAAUAGAAACAUAGCUUCUCAUACUAUGACAAAACUUACAAAUAAAGCAGAAGAAGCACUUAGGGAAAACUAUUCACUAGCUAGAAGAAUGAAGGUUAUUCCAUCAGUAACAUUUGCAGUGUUUUGCAAAUACCACAUGGAUCCCUAUCAAUAUUGUGCAGAAUUUUUCAAAAAAGAAAAUUUAGUGAAAAUAUAUGAGGCUAUUGUUUUUCCGAUGCCUAGCCAAAGCGAUUGGGAUGACGCAGAAGACAUGGAAUAUGCCGACGUUCUUCCGCCAAUAGGAAAAAUUCCAGCAGGACGACCGAAGAAACAAAGAUUGAAGCCAUGUCAUGAGAGAAAGGAAAAAAAUACAUGUAGCAGAUGUGGAAACCGGGGGCAUAACAAAAAAACAUGUCGUAAUCUUCCAAAGUGA